AUGCCGAGUUCCAAGAUUGAAUUGCAACUAGAAAUAAAAUCACUCAUAGAUUCUAUUGACUUAUAUUUCAAAACAGAUGCUUCUCAAAUUCAAACUGAUAUAAAGCAACAGAAAAAAGCUGAGGAUUUGAUUAGACAGCAAAAAGACCUACAAAACUACAAAAAUUUAUUAUUAAAACAUCAAAAUUUUACUGGUAAGCUAAAUGAAUUUUUAUGUAAUUUAAUGAUUUGCCAUAAUAACGAUUUUUUUAAGUUUGUGGAAAAUAAAAAAUCAGCCAAAUAUAAUAGAAAACAAAUUUUUAACGUUUAUGCUAAACUUCGUAAAAUACUUCAUCAAAUCAAUAGUUAUCCUGAACAUGAUAUAGUCUACCUUGAUCUUGAUCCUAUUUUCGGUGGUGGAAUUUUCCAAGUUGUUGACUAUGGCUAUCGUUUGAUCAAUGUAGGAUUAACAUUGGAGGAUUUGUGGAUUUUAAAAUCACAGGAUGGCAGCCAAUAUUAUAGCAUCGUUGAUCCCGAUUGUAUCUUGAAUUACUUAAUAUGGUUUGAUUCUGUUAUUAAUGGAAAUUUUAAAAACAUUGGAAAUUUUGCUAAAUUUAAACACAAAAAAAGCUUAAAAUUCAAUGGAAACCGUUAUAGACCAAACAAAAACGGGGAUUUAACACUAGGUGUGUCUAAAAAAUUGAAAACAUUUACUGUGCAAGGUGUUCACUUAAGCAGAAAUAUUUUACCUCAACCUUGUAAAUUUUUCAUUAAAUUUGGAAAAUGUACCAAUUCUAAUUGCUCCUUUAUACAUGAUCCAAGCUACAUUUCUUUAUGUAGAUCUUUUUUUAUUUCUGGUUAUUGUCAUCAUCAACAAAAUUGCAAUACGUUGCAUUCCGACAUUGGAAAUGAAUAUAUAGUUCCACAUUGUACAAAAUAUUGGAAUGGCGAAUGUUUAUUUACAUAUGGGGCAGAAUCGAAUUUUGCAAAUGGAGACAGUCUUCCUCUGAUACCCAAAGAUCAAUGUUGUAAAUAUAUUCAUAAGUGUCGAGUGAUUCCACAAUAUCCAAGUUGUAGACAAUUUUCUCAUUUAGGUUACUGUUACAGAGGACUAAAUUGUAAAUUUCCGCAUCUUUGGGCAUGUGCUGAUGACCAUAGUUUUCGGUGUUGCUUUUUGAAAAACUGCAAAUAUCCUCAUGUGGAAAUGAAUAGUAUUGCCAACAAAAAGAAAAGUGAAUCUGGGGGUGUGAAUGUUUAUGAUGAAAUAUUUGAAGAAAAAACAUUGAAUUUACUAAAAGUUGAUUUCAAUGACUUUUUGAUACCUUUGGGUUACGGAAUGAAAAAGCUAAUUUUAAACUUAAGUACGAGUGAACAUUGGUAUGGAUUAAAAAAAAGGGAAUUAUCACACAAUAUACCAGAUCGAAUUUUUAGGAAUGCUGAUCAAAACUUAGUCAUUGAAAAAGAAAAUGUUGUUCAGAAUAAUGGUUUUGCUAAUUCGAGCCUAGAUUUUUUAAAAUUACCUUCAUCAUCUGAAUCUUCUGAAUAUGAGUUUGAUGAUGAUGAUGAUUGA